CGCUCUGUGCUUGAUGGAGCGGAUUGAAAUGGCGAAAGUUGGGCGGCGUGGAGAUGUCAUACAAACAACGACUCCCAGGAUCUGAACAAAUAAAUACCGAAACCGAGCCGGAGUCGUGCUUUCUCAGUGGAGCUGAAUGCUCGAUUAAGGUUGUGGAUUGAGGAGUUCAGAGGGAUUAGCGGGGGUCAUGCUGACCUCUUCCCAAGAGCGUGUCCCUCGCAGUGUCUCACCAAUGGAGGAAGAUGUCCUUUGUGCCGUCCAUCACGCUGAACCACAACCCCAAACCGUCCACUGUUCUUCAGUUUUGCACAGCUGCGAUGAAGUCGGAAGGUCAUCUCCACGCAGAAGAAGUGGACGGCUUCUCAAGGGAAAAGGCCAGACUGAGGAGAGAAUCAAGCCUGAGAACAGCGUCAGAACACCAAAACAGCAGCAGAAGAACACGUCCCUCGUUAUGAAGGAGAGGGACAGCUGGAUGAACCAUGAAGACAAUGAAGAGACUGCAGACGAGUGGCCUGGAGAUAAGACUGUGAGGGGCUGUAAGCGGAAGUUGGAGUUGCCAUCUAUAACCUCGCAGUCACACGUCUCGAAGGAUUCAUCCACUGUUCUGGAACACAGCCGUAGCUCACUGGACAUGGAGCCAAAAUGCCCAGAGAGCCCUCCACCAGCGAAGAGAUGGGUGAUUGGGCCCCUUUUUCAGUCGUUCAAGUCUAAGAUGGCAAGCUUCACGGAGAUCGUCAUGAGUCCUGUCCGGCUUUUCAAACCCACCGACUCCUCACUUUCAAACUCAUUAACUAGCCACCGUGAACAGCUGACUGGUUCCAAUACAGAAAGUUCUUCUAUAAGUAAAGAGGAACAGCCUGAUAUAGAAUGUGAUGUCACGAAAGACUUGUUCUCUAAAGAAGAGACUGUAUGUACACCUUCGAAAAUAUCCAUAGUUGUACAGAGACUGAAAUUCAACACAAACUCAAGUAAUGAAAGUGAUUCAGACGAGAAUAAAGUUGUGGUUUCGCCAAGUAGAUCAGACAUUCAAAGAGAUGGUGUCCCGGGUUUGUCGCAGUCCAUCCAAGAGGGCCACGGUUCUUUGAAUUCUUCAAGUGCCAGAGAUUUGUCCUGUCACGUGGGGCCUUCAAACGAAUGUGAAAACAAAGUCUACGAUGCUACCUCAGUUUCUGAACAGAGUGGUUCUAAGUCAUCUCAGGAAAAGUCUAGAUUUUCAGAUCCAAGACUUUUAACGGACACAACAGAUACCAUUGACUUAAAGCCGGCACGUGCUGAAGUUACUUGUCCAAAUACCUUAUCCUGUUCGCUGUCUUUGACUAAAGACGCAAAUGGAAAAGGCCUGGUGGACAGUGAGGAGUCCUUUUUGAGGAUGCCUAUCAGGACAAGCCCUAGAAAAGCGUCCAAACUGCUGUCGGAAUCUGAAGGAUUGUCUCCUUUGAGAUCAGCUAAGAAAGUAUCCAUGACUUCGUCUGAGCAAAAGAUUUUGGGUGGUGCAACAAAAGACUCAGAAUGUACAUAUAACAAUAAGGCACACGUUCAGCCUUUGUCUAAAGAUGAUGGAGUUCCCCUCUCCAGGCUGUGGGAUGGAGAAAAAAAGGAAAGCAGUACCUAAGACGGAACCGGUGAGAGGCCUGGAGAAAGAUGAAUUGGUCAAGAAGGUGAAAAGUAGUUCAAGGAGGACCAAAAUAGAAAGCAAAGCGAACUUUGAGCAAGAAUCCCCUGCUGACAUACUAGCAAGAGGUCCUGUGAAUGAGACGUCUGUUCAGAUUGGUAAACGGAGGAAGGUCCAAGUCUCGGAUAACUCGACCCUAAGCAGUCGUGAUGGUGUUGAGAUGAUGAGUUACGCCUCAGAGAAGUCAGGCUCUUGUGAAUCCUCAGAGAGAGACAAAAUAGGCCAGGAGAGAGUGUCCAGAAGUAGAAGAAGGAGGGGUGCAAAAGGUAGAACACCAGUCGCCUUAGGGAUUGAGAACGAUACCAUUGGCAGCUUGUCUUCCUCAGAUGCUUCAAAAAGUGCCUUGGUGGACAACUGUUUGCAGGGUAAGGGCACAAGUGGAAUGGAUUCGAGUGACUGUAAUGAUUCCACCCCGGGGGAAGCUCGUCCAUCACUCAGAUCCAGAGGGAUGGUUACUGUUGGUGGUUCAGUCAAGUCUGUUAAACCCUGGAACACAAGACAAAGAAAAACUGAUCAGGAUUUGAAAGUGGAUGUGGAACGCCACUCUGAGUCUGGGGUGCCUCUAGGUUCAUCAGCUGAACAGCCUGGGGAACCUUGGGCCAAAGAUGGGCAUCGAGAUCUUGAGGAAGCAAGCAAUGCCACUGAUCAAGAACAGGCAAAAAUUGCACGAAGGAACAAUGUUCGUCAGGCUAAGAAUAAAUUGGAUGCCUCAGGAGUUGCUCCAAUUCUGUCAGCUUCUAAAAAGCCCCUAGUUCAUAUCAAGCGGUUGGAAAGUAGAGCAGUUAAAGAUAUUGAUGCAGUUGAAGAGCAGAGGGUAUCUAUGUCUCUCACUCUGCAGGUUGGCACCGAAACAGAUGAACAAAAAGGCAGUUUAAUACUGUCGCCUGUUCAGACUGGUUCUAUGUCUCGGUGGCAGGCAGGAAGACCCAUCGAAAACUGCAGAACAACAAGAAGAAUGGGGAAAGGGGGCACCCCUGCAGAGGAGAUUAACACCUCCAAAACAGCACUGGUACGCUUAAAAGAUCAGAGCUUCGUUGACAAGGAGCUUGGACAGUUGGGCAAAGCAAAAGAGGAGAAAAAGUUAAGCAAAGUAGGCAGACAGAGAAGAAAGUGCGUCUCCUUGGCAAGGAAGAAAGAUGCUCGAGAUGACGAAGAGCAGACAAUGAAUCAAACGGAAGAGGCCGUCCCAGUUGUCUCGUCGUCAGGUAGCGGUUCCAGCCGCCUCCUGCGAAGCUUUUCCUGUCCCGACAUCCCGUUUCUCCUGCACAGUGACCAUGUGCCUUUGGCGCCCUUGCAUGACCAGAUCCCUCCUUCUCCACCCAAAAAGUCCUGCCCUGCACCACCACAUGCUCAUCAUCCUCACUCUCCGUCCAAACGCGCCCGCAGACACACAGUGUGUAGCAUCGAAAUAGAGCGGGAAAUUGCUCCCCGGUGCCUCCGCAAGGAAGUGCACCCCACUGGUUGGAGCAGUGCUUCCAACCAUGUGUACCCACAUUCACACUCCAGCUCCCUCACAGCCCUCGCUUCCUGUUUUCUGUCCAGUCCAUUAGCGUUCUUGUCCAAGAAAUCGAGCCAAGGACGUAGUGAUGAUGACGUUGACCUUGCCUCCACUUCUUCACGUAGUUUCAUCAAAUCCCCAUCACCCUCUUUCCUGAAAUUCCCCACUUCCCCAACCCUCACAGCCAAUCCUGCUUUCUCUGCCAGUGUCCCUCCCACACCUGAGCAGUCCUCUGCCUCUGUAUCGUCUCCUUGCAGUGUCUUUGAGCCUGUUCCAAUGGAGGCUGAUGUGGUCCAGCGAGAACGUGAGGAGGAUUCGCCGUCCAACUUCAGUCUUGAGCUUUCAUCCAGAUCCAUUUCGGAGGAGAGAGCUUUGUCAGACUCUGAGAUAAAGACUGAUGACAAGCGAGUAGAGAGAAGAAAAGUGUCCUCUAUCCGCAUUCGGAAAACUCUGCCCAAGCCUCAGUACAACCUCACGCCGAUGGGCCUUCCUAAAGCUAUCAGGAUAAAGAAGAAGGUGUUCAGCGUGGAAGAAAUCUACACAAACAAGAACUUCAGCAAACCCCCUGAGGGGCGGUUUGAGACCAUAUUUGAGGUGCCUCAGAGCCGACAGGACAGCUCCCAGUCCCUGUUUGGUCAGAAACGGAUGAAGCGCUUUAUUGAAUUCCCUGAACUGGGCGUGGCCAGGAAGCCAAGGAAGCCAAGGAAGCCUCUGGUUGGUGGAGCCGGGGUGGGCGGAGCUCAGAGGAAAGCUGCAGGGAAUUCUGGGAUGGGCAGAACACGCAGAGGCGUCUGGGCCUCCUCCAGAGACGAAGAUGCACUGAAUCUGCAGGACCUGGAUUCGCUCUUGUGCUCGAAGCUGAACGAGCUGGACUCCUGGAUGGCGCUGGAGCAGCUGGCCUACUGAACACCUUUGUGUAGUUUUUCUUUUGUUUGUUUGUUUGUUUAUUUUUGUGCGCUCUUCUAUCUUGUAGUUCUUUUUUGGUGUACAACCACUCGAGAAUAUUAAGCACAUCCAAGUAAUAUUAAAACCCUGCAGAAAUGUACAUUUUUGUACUUUAUGUAUACAUAAGCUGUAUGUUUGUAUAUUUGUAUAGGUCGGGUCUAGUAAUGCCAUUAUCUGUGUUUGAAGUGUGCUCGUGCUUAUUUGUUGCGGGUUUGUGUUUAUAUCGUCGCUGUCAAAGAAAAACUUUAUCUCCUUUCUUUUGGUUUUGUUUUUUUACUCCUCAGCUGCCCUUUAUAUCGUGUGAGCGUUUCACGAUGAAUGGACCGGCGGAAAUGGUGCAGAAUUACUCUGAAUAAAAUCGUUACGUUAGCAUCCAUUAAAAUUAAGAACUUUU